AUGAACGUAAAACUGUUUGUGUAUCCCUAUCCCUGUGACUAUGAACGUUUUAAAACAUUCCUUAACUCACGUUCAAGUAUCGGACAGCCUGGGGUAGAUGUCCACGUUCGCCAUGAAUCUGAAGCCGCUGUAAUGCACGUUCUGUUCCUCAUAAAUGAAGGAGCUCUUGUUGCCGCUACUGCCGAUGACAACCUGCAUCUGUGGAACUACCGGCAGAAGCGUCCGGAAAUAGUGCAUUCUCUCAAGUUCCAGCGAGAGAGAAUCACCUGUCUACACCUGCCUUUCCAGAGCAAGUGGCUGUACGUAGGGACUGAGAGAGGGAAUAUACAUAUUGUUAAUAUUGAGCUGUUUCAACUAUCUGGUUACAUUAUCAACUGGAACAAGGCAAUUGAACUGUCUCGCAAGACUCACCCAGGAUCUGUUGUCCACUUGAGCGACUGUCCUGUUGAUCCCAGCAAGCUGUUAAUUGGGUAUGAGAGCGGUCAGCUGGUGGUGUGGGAUCUCAAGAGUCGAGUGGCAGAAGUUCGCUAUCAGUGUGCUGAGUCCAUCAAGUCUGUCAGCUGGCACCAUGAAGGGAAGCAGUUUAUGUGUUCCCAUACAGAUGGCUCUCUCACCACCUGGGCUGUCAAGCAAACUAGUCCCAAGCCUUCAUCUGUUAUAUUUCCCCAUGCCAAAACAAAUAAGGAAGGGAAGCAGGAGCCUUGUAAGUCCAUCCAGAAGGUUGAAUGGAAGUGUAGCAAAUCUGGGGAAUCCUUCGUGAUUUUCUCCGGAGGACUGACCAAUGACAGAGCCGGAAGGACCCCGAGCAUAACGGUGAUUCACGGCAAGACUACUACAGUACUUGAGAUGGAACACAAUGUGGUUGAUUUUGCUACCUUGUGUGAGACUCCUUAUGCCAGCGAUUUCGCUGAGCCUUACGCCCUCGUUGUUCUGCUUCACAAUGACCUCGUGGUGGUUGAUCUUCACUCUCAAGGUUACCCGUGCUUUGAAAACCCCUACUCAAUGGAUCUACACGAGUCACCCGUCACCUGCUGUACGUACCUCGCAGACUGUCCCGCAGACCUCAUUCCGGCGUUCUAUUCCGUCGGCGCCCGUGGCCAGAAGAGGCAGGGUUUUAGUGAGAAGGCCUGGCCCAUAUGCGGGGGGAAAUGGGGUGCGUCUGUAGCUACGCAGAGAUGAUCAU